GCUGCUGCAGAAGGGGAAAAAAAAAAAAAAAGCUGAGAGGAGGUGCCACUGCGGCACGCUGCGGGGGGGAGUGGCUGAAGAAGCUUGUCAGAAGCCUUGAAAGAAGGAAGAGAAAAAAUUCGGGGAGUGGUUGGCAAAGGACAACCUUUUAGUUUUUUGACCCAAUUUGAGGCUGGUGGAAUUGGGGAUUCCGGUAAGCGAGCUUGGCGUCACGGAAGGGGUGGGGCAGGGGCUCGACUAGUAAGGAGCACCUUCUCAAAUUGCAGGAGUGUAGGCUGCACAGCUGAUGUAGGGCUGGUGGGUGGGACAGGGCGAUUUAUCCUUCCCGUAACCUCUUUUUUUCUUCUUCAGUUUAGGAGUAGAGGGAAGACCCUACCCCUCAGAAUUACGUCCCCUCCCCCACCGCCUCGAACCCCUGUGGCGGUCUUACAAGUUACUAUUACUGAAGGGGGAAGUAAAAGCAUUCCCUUUUGAAACAUCUUUUUUAAUUGCAACAAACGGAAAAGGACUCGGGCGCUUGUGGCAGAUAGAAGGAGGUCCCCAGGCAAAAGGGAGUCCCCAGUGGCUUCAGCUCUAGCUGCAUUGUGAUACGGUAUCGUGACAGCUGUGUUUAUUGCUGGAGUUUCGAUAAAGGGUCUGCCAGACGUGCUGGAAACUGCCUGAGACUGAAUAGUGGGGAGAGAGGAAGGGAGGGAGAAGCUUGGUCACGCAUCUCAAUCUCUCCAACUCCCGGGUAUGUCUAACGGGCCAGGUUCCCUUGUCCUGGCCCCCUCUUCUUGUUUGCGUCAGUCCGUACCCCGGACUGGUCUGAGAAGCCUCAGCAGCCUCACCGACUUGGAACGGGGCAUGUCCCAGGCUCGGAGACCAAGCAACCCCUUUUCGGCUCCAGGGCCCCACUUGCAACAACAACAGCCGGGUUCCUCCAGCUGCGAUCCUAGUUUGAGGCCCAUUAUUCACCGCCGGGCCCGUUCGCUCCCCAGCUCCCCCGAGCGUAGGAGGAAGGCGUCGGGGAAUGCGGGGACCCAGUGCAGACCCGGCUGCAGUCGUCAGCACCGAGUGCGAUUUGCUGAUGCUUUGGGUCUGGAACUGACUCAAGUGAAGGUUUUCAACGCCGGGGAAGACCCGUCGGUCCCAUUGCAUGUCCUCUCGAGGCUGUCCAUCAACUCCGACCUCUGCUGCAGUAGCCAGGAUUUGGAGUUCACCAUCCAGUGCCUGGUUCCGGACUUCCCGCAGCCAGCAGACGGCAACGACUUCUCUACCCGGUUGCAAGGCCAGCGGGUCUGCCUGGAGCGGGUCACUAGCUCAGACUUGGGUUUAAGCGGCACCAUUCGAGUUCUUAAUGUGGCCUUCGAGAAGCAGGUGACUGUACGCUACACCUACAACUGGUGGCGGACUCAGCAGGAAGCAGGAGCCCGCUGGCGCAGCAGUGAUGGGGAUUCUGAUGUAUUCUUUUUCUGCUUCCCUGUACCACCCUAUUUUCUGGGUCUCAGCUCUGUGGUCCAGUUUGCGAUUAGAUACCGAGUAGGGGGGAAUGAGUACUGGGACAAUAAUGAAGGCCAAAACUACAGUCUCAGGUGCCAGACCCAUCCUCUCAAAAUGCCCCAGGAAUGUGAAGAGAGUUGGAUCCACUUUAUUUGAAUUAGGGUCCAGGCUAAUUUUUAGUGGGGGCAAGGGGAAGGCAAAGCUUACUUUCAGGAAGAGUACCAUAGGUGUAAUUAUAAAAGCUUUGUUAAUCUUGUGAACAACUUGGAACAAUUCCAGCACAUUAUUCUGCAUAUAUGGGAGCCAUACUAGCAGAAAUUAUAAGAGAAUGUUAAAAUAAGAAUGAAGGAAGGGCCAUAAUAAUGUUUGUCUGUCUUUAUUGAACUUCAUCUCAUACUCAUCUAAAAUAUAAACCAUUUAGCCAUUGGAGUAGAGCUGUAUUAUGUCUUCAAGGCCUACUUUCAAGCAGUUUCCUUCGUCCUAAAGCUAGAAACAAACGUGUUAUAGUAAAGUUUUAAAGCAUGUGUAUGUGUUUUAGCAAAUUAAUUUUUUAGUUUGGGAGACUGAUUCCUACUGUGUAAUGUGGUAUUUAUGAAUUUUGGUCCUAGUGUGGCAACUACUACCUUCAGAGAUUAGGUUUUGUUAAAUAUAUUUGUAAAGAUCAUUUCUCUCCUAGAUUUGUAGGAAGGACUCUUGAUUUUUGCAUGUGACAUAAGUGUGUCUACAGAGCUUAGUAGGCAUUGUUAGCAUUUAUGAUCUUGGUAUGCUUUCCUCUAGACAAAUACUUUCCCAAGAACAGGGGCAUUCAGGAUUUUAACAAGGUUAAAAAAUAUGAUUAAUUUUGUUUGUGUUAUGCAGUCUAGAAACAGAAUGUGCCACUUUCAGAGUAUGAAAAACAUUAAGGUACUUUAUGGUAUUCUGGACAUGUCUCCAAUCAAAUGUGAGAUCAUGUUUCUUUGUCAAUCCAUCAUUUGCAUCUCUGUAAGAGUAAAGGACUAUUAUUAGUACAGAAAUGUAAACUGAGUAACAUAACUAUUCAUUGUUGUGGUUUCCCAUCUCAUGAGGAUCUAUACUGCACAUGGGCAACAGCCAAGAAUAGAUUUAAAACAUAAUUACUUCUGCCAAAAUACAAAUGUUCCUGCAGUUGGUUUUCCUACCUAAAAUAUUUCCAUUAUAAAAGCCUAAUAAUUAUUUUUCUGCAUUGAUAUAUGUGUUUUAUCACAAUAUUCUAUUUAGACUCAAAACUACUUGAACAUUUAAAGAAAUCUUGCCUUAAAGUAUUGUGUUUAUUUAUUCCUAAAUCCAGAAUCCAGUUUCAGGUGAAAGAGGCAUUUACUGUUCCAUUUAUGAAGUUAAAAUGAUGGCUUUUGUUCAAAAAUCAAAGUUACAUUAGCCACCUUUCAGAGUGAAGAUGUUACAUAAAAUUAAAAGAUAUUUAUCAUCAACAAAAACACUGGUAGUAAUAAAUCCACAGGUGUUUGUACUUUUUUUUAAACUGCUUAAACUGUGGCAAUAUCACACUUGUAAAUUUUAGUUGUAAUCUCUUGUGCCUUCAGAAAAUACAGAAUUCUAAAUUCCAAAUAUUUUUUUUAGUUUUCUCUAGUUUAAAAAAUGUUUAUUAUAUAUCUCUUUCUCCAGCCCAAGGAUAGGAUGGAUAGGACAGUGUUUACUAAAACUAUACCACAAUUAUAUAAGAAUUCAUUAAUAUAAUUAUGACUUCUUAUGGUGCUAAGUGGUAUUCUAACAGCUAGCAUAGCAAAUUUGGUGUUAAAUUCACUAAGAUUUCAGAUGGAAAAUAUCCAGCCAACACUGUGAUUUAAAUUUUUGAGUAUUAGUUGGCACUUGUUCAAAAAGUAAUUUCAAGAUUGCUUUUGCAAUUUAAUCUACUUUCUUUGCUUACAACUUAUGUUUAAAAACCCAGUAGAAAAACAAGCACUAUCUUUGUAACCUCUUGAUCUCAGAUCACCUGAUUCUCUGUAUAGAAAGUGAGCUAUAGCUGGUCCUUAAAAAUUGUGCACUACAUUAUCAUGCAAGAGAGAGACAGGCCUAGUUGCAUUUCCUGUUUUACUGCCUGACUAAACCUCUGUGGUCCUGGCUUCUGUGCAUUUAUCCCCUGCCAGAUGGGGGAGCACAAGAUAGUGGUUGAGUGGUUUUUAUAUUAUUUAUCAAUGAUUGGCUGCUAACUUUUUUGCAGUGUAGAUAAAGGACCACAGACAAUGUGUAAAAUCCAGUCAUAAAGAGUUCUAUAUUUGGAAAGAUAGGAAAUAUCUUAAUACAUCUUACUUAAAUAGAGCAUCUUUAGGGUUUGAUGAGACAAGCUUAAGGUGCCUUUAAAAUGAUCAAGAUUUGGAAGUGUUAAAACAUAAAAUCCAUGAAUUAUUAAAAGACCAAAUAUGGCUAACUAAUCAAUAGAGAAGAUAUGGAACACCGAAAUGUCUUUUUAGAAUAUCAAUACUAACAUCAAUUGUAUUAAAUAUAUUAGAUUGUACAAUUAGUGGGUUUUCUCUGAUUAUUUUUAAUAUGGUCAUUGUUCUUUUUUUAUUUUUGCACUCAUUUUUCACUUAUUAAAAGUUUUAAUAUGUGCACAUGUUGGUUGUUAUUUCUAACAGUACUGAGUGUAUCUUCUUUGUCACCUUUGUAUUAUUUUAGUUUAAAUUGUUUCACACAGUUUUUCUCUCUUAAAAUGCUUAACUUUAUUUUAGCAAAAAUGUGUUGGUUUUAUUCUAAAGUUUCAAUAGCCUUUUUAUAAGUAGUGUACUCUACUGUAGAGGAGGAAUUUUUGUUUACUGGAGUAAUAGUGCUAAAUCUUAAAAAGAACAUUAAAUACUAAAGCAUGUUCAUAUAUCUUAUGUUAUUUGUUAAAGCAUAAAUGAUGGUCAAGGAUUCAGGAGAAAAAAACAUUUUUUGCAUUUAUCUUCAGAAGGUGUAGAAUUAAUUUUGAAACUAGUGUUUUGUUAUCUCAAAAUUCAUUAAAUACAUAGCACAUCCCUCAGUUUUACAGCAAAUAAAAGUGUAUUUCAAUGAUAAUAGUUAAUUAAAUUGCUUUUAUAGGUAUAAUGUAUAAUAUAAAAUAGCCCAAGAAAUUUUAUUAUAUAUUGAAAUGAAAUGAAAAUUUUUUGGCACUUCCAAUUCUUAAGUGUCAAUGGCCUAUACUCUUUUCCUAAGAAACUAAUUUAAUAUAUACAUAAUUUAUAAUUAGUCCUAGGGGGAAAUAUUUACAAAUAUUAUAUUUAAAAUCAGAUUUUUAAAGUUUAGAAUUAGAGUAAGUAUUGGGAGAAAUACAAUAUUAUUACUUAAGUCAUUAAGAUGUUUGAUAGAGAGUUAAAGCACUCCAGUGCUGGAGUAUUUUCUUGAGUCAGAUUCUUAUUGAGUAGGUAUUGGCGAUAGCUUUUAGAAUGAUAAUGAAAGAUUUUUUUAAAAUCUGAAAUAGUUCGUAAGUUUUAUUUAAAAAAAAUAUUGAUGUGUGAAGUUGUAUGUGUGAAGUUAUAUGUAUGAAGCUUAAUGUUUACUGAAAUAUUUUAGAGACCUGAGUCUGAUAAUUAAACUGAAAUACUAAUUGAUUUCAUCAAAAAUUAUUAUAGUCCAUGUUUUUAAAUUACAAGAACAUAGAAUUUUUAAAUUGUAAGAUAUUUUAAUGAUCUAAUCCAAUUUCUUCAUUUUCAUUGUACUCUUGAAAUGUUAAAUGGUCGUCCUGCUGAGUCAUCCUGCUAAUUUUUGCCAAAAUAAGACUAGAUUUCAUCCAUAUCACUUGUCUACCUCUAAAUCAGAUUCUUUCUACUACCUCAUAUUAUAUCUCCAAUUCUACAUUGUGAGGAAAAACCAAACAAUUUUCAUGUCUCACUGGAUAAUAUACAGUGACAAUAAAUCUAUUUACAACUCAUUUUCUACAAAACUAUCCAUCAACAAAAACUGGCCCCCAAUAGCAUGCUAUAGAAAGAAUUGAUUUCUUUUGGCCAGCCAUUAUUUAAAAAGGAAAAAAAGUCUUUAUAGAUUUUAAGUAGCUUUAGGUUAAGAUAGAUUUAUUUAUGUACAAUUGUGAAAUAUCUAUACUAUUCCAUUUUCAGAAUUUCCAAACUAGUUCUUUGUCCUAAACUCUACCUACUUUCUUCAAGUUAGAGGAUUAUCAAAUACUUUAAAAGCACAGUUUGUCCUUUUAACUAAUUCUUUAUUAAAAAGAAAUUCAGUUCAAGGAUUCAGUUUGUAAAAAUUUAUUAAGUUCUGUUAAAUUAAGAGCAGUGCAAAAAGCUAUAAAAUAAUUCCCUUGCAAUGUAUAGUAUAAUUGAGGAUAGAGUAAAUGCAGGGUAUUCUAAAAGUCUUAAUGUAAUUUUGUGAAAGCUUAAAACUAAAACACUGGGGAUACCCUAGAUAUAAAACAAUCAUGUAUGCAUUGAAAACAACAGAUGUUAUAUGAGGAAAAUUAUCUACUAGAGUCUUAGGGGAAACUAUGGAGGACUUAGUAUUUAAGCUGAACUUUCAAAGCUGACUGGGAUUUCUGUCUGAAGGGCAGGAAUGAGUAAAAGGAUUCUAUUUAAAGCAGGUGCUUGAAAUCUUUUUUUUUUUUUUUUCCAGUUAGGAAUUUCCUUGGCAAGAUGGUCAAAUUCUAUGGACUCUCAGAAUAAAGUUUUUAAGUGCAUAAAAUAAAAUACAAAAGAUUUUUUUUAAACCAGCUAUACUGAAAUAUCAAAAUAUCUUUUUUUUUUUUAAAUAGAUUUCAGAUAAAACUUUAAGAUAAAAACUCUUGUUAAAAAGGGAACUGCUUUUUAAGGACAAGUUUAACUUUUUUUUUUUUUUUUUAAGAUCUCAUUUCUACAGUUAUUUCUUUAGAAGUGUAAAAGUUUUUGCUGAUGCCUGGAAUUUUGUAACUGAAGAAAUAAGGCUCAAAUGAAGUGUCUUUGUCAACUUCAUAUAAGUAGUGAGUAGUAGUAAAUACUCUUUUCUACUCUACUGCUAACUAUUCUGUCCAACAAAUUGUAUCAAUACGACUUUAAAUUUAAGGAAUGAUGAGUUUUAAUGGGUUUAAAGUUCAAGACUGGUAGUUUUUAAAGCAUUUAAACUUUGUCUUAAAUUCAAGACUGCAAAUUUCUUAAGCAGCAGUGACAUCUACUGGCUCUUUAAUUCGUCCCCUAUAAAACCCGUCAAGUUCUUGGGAUGCUCUUGUUCUGAUGAUUAUGCUGAUUACUUCAAGCCUCUUCAGUAAUUCACUGUCUCUCAAAAGAAUCUCAAAAGCCAAGCUGUAUGUAGUGGGGGAAAAACCAAAUGGAUGAACAAUCCCAGUUACCCAGAUUAUAAAUAUAAUUUCAUUGAUUUAGUACACAAAAUCUUAGAUGCUACAGAUGUAUGAGCUAGGCCCAGAGUUGAAUAGGAGAAUGGUUUAUAUCGUUUAGAAAUCAGCAUGGUGCUUUAAAUUAUCACAAACCUUACUUCCAUAAGAAAGUCUUCAUUUUUAAUGUUACUAAUCUCUUGGUGAUUCUAUACUGUUAUAAAUCAUGAGAUGUGACUAAAUAGUCACAGGCAGCUAGGGAAAAAAUUAAAAGAUUGAAUAGAAAUAAUCUAACUUUUUCUGUGAUUUUCUGAUGGCUAAAAGAUGUUUCAGGUAGGCAUAUUAACGUCUUGUUGGAAAAACUGUGAAUUGAUCUAAAUAUAUUAGAAGUGAUUUUUAAUUAUUCAAGGGAAGUGACUAAAAAUGUCUAUGCCUUUUGGCCCAGAUUCCAUUGUAAGAUUUAUGCCAAAAAUAAAGACUAUAUUGCACCAAAACA